GUCUUGAGAUGUUGCAGCUGUGGGCCGCGGGAUUGCUUGUUUGAAGAUACCCCCUCGUAGACGAAAGGAGAGGCAACGCGCUGCAAAGUGGUAGUAUUUUAUCGUGUGUGGGUUCCCCCCCUUCUCCUCCCUCCCUCCUCCUCCACUGCCAUGUGUGGUUUUUAAUAAGAAGAAGAAUGUGGAGGCAACAUUUUCCAGGUAUUCGCCCUCAGAUCAUGAACGGCCCCAUGCACCCCCGGCCCCUGGUGGCGCUGCUGGACGGGAGGGACUGCACGGUGGAGAUGCCCAUUUUGAAGGACUUGGCGACGGUUGCAUUCUGUGACGCACAAUCAACUCAGGAGAUUCACGAGAAGGUAUUAAAUGAAGCUGUUGGGGCGAUGAUGUACCACACCAUCACGCUGACUCGAGAAGAUCUAGAGAAGUUCAAGGCCUUACGGGUCAUUGUUCGAAUAGGCAGUGGCUACGACAACAUUGACAUCAAAGCUGCAGGGGAGCUUGGAAUCGCCGUCUGCAACAUCCCCUCGGCCGCCGUGGAGGAGACGGCCGACUCCACCGUCUGCCACGUCCUCAACCUCUACCGGCGAAACACGUGGCUCUACCAGGCGCUGCGGGAAGGCACGCGGGUGCAGAGCGUGGAGCAGAUCCGGGAGGUGGCCUCCGGCGCUGCCCGCAUCCUGAGCACAGCCCUCCCUGUGCAAGGCGGUGUGGGUUUGCCCUCCAGCCAGCAUCCCUUCAGGGGCUGUCUGGGGAGCCCAGGAGGUUCCACAGGACCCCCAUGGCAGUCCCUGGGUCAGAUUGGGGUCAGGCCAUGGGGAACCUCAGCCACGUGGAGCUUGGGCCGUGAGAAUCAGGUAAUUUACCCCCUUCUCUUUCCUUCACACCCAGGUCGCACUGCGCAGGCGGUCGCGGUCCGAGCCAAGGCAUUCGGCUUCAACGUGAUAUUUUAUGACCCGUACCUCCAGGACGGGAUAGAGCGGUCCCUGGGAGUCCAGCGGGUCUACACGCUCCAGGAUCUGCUCUAUCAGAGCGACUGUGUCUCCUUGCACUGUAACCUUAACGAACAUAACCACCACCUUAUCAACGACUUCACGAUUAAGCAGAUGAGGCAGGGAGCGUUCCUGGUGAACACGGCACGUGGGGGGCUGGUGGACGAGAAGGCCUUAACUCAAGCCCUGAAGGAGGGACGGAUACGAGGGGCUGCGCUGGACGUGCACGAGUCUGAACCGUUUAGUUUUGCUCAAGGCCCCUUGAAAGAUGCUCCUAAUUUAAUCUGUACUCCACACACUGCUUGGUACAGCGAGCAGGCGUCACUAGAGAUGAGAGAAGCUGCUGCUACUGAAAUACGGCGUGCGAUCACAGGGCGCAUCCCAGAAAGCCUAAGAAACUGUGUGAACAAGGAAUUCUUUGUCACAACAGCUCCGUGGUCAGUAAUAGAUCAGCAAGCAAUUCAUCCGGAGCUCAAUGGUGCCACGUACAGGUAUCCCCCUGGGAUGGUGAGUGUCGCACCGGGAGGAAUACCGGCAGCUAUGGAGGGCAUCAUUCCCGGAGGCAUCCCUGUUACUCACAAUCUUCCCACAGUGGCGCAUCCUUCCCAAGCUCCAUCUCCUAACCAGCCCACAAAACACGGGGACAACAGGGAACAUCCCAACGAGCAAUAGCAGAUAAUUUAAAAAAAAAAAUAAUCACUCAAUAAACUUGGGACCAAGAGACAUUGGAAAA